UCUCCCAAUUUCAUUCUCUUCUGCUUAUAUACAUAUACAUACAAAAAUACCACUACCCAAAACAACCCAUCUUCUUCUUCUUCUUCAUUACUAACCAUAUACAUAUAUAUAAUGUUAUAUGAUUCCAAUGCAUGUCAUCAUGAUUUUGAUGCUGCUAUCUCUGUGUAUUGAUCUUCAAAUUUAAUAACCCUUCACCCACCUCUCUUCACACAAAUUUAUAGUUUCAGACUGAGAGAAAAAACAGAUUAUACCAAGUCAUUUUCUUCUUCUUGUUGUUAGGGAUUUAUAUUUAUUAAUUUCUUUUUUUUUUCUCUAGUAAUGGUGAGUUAGUUUUUUCAUCUCUCUCUCAGAGCCAGUUUCUAUCUUGGCACUGAAUGAGAAAAUCAAUGGAUAAUUUUACGAGGAAGAAAUCAAGAUCAACACAUCUUCAUCAAAUUAACCUUUCUCUUUUUUUACCAACUUUAAUCCUUCUCUUCCUUCUCCAAAAUCCCACUCUUGUUUCCUCUCGAAAUUAUACCAACUUCAGACCAGUUAGUAGCUUGAGACUCCGCAGGAUUCAAAACCACUUAAACAAGAUUAACAAGCCCCCUGUCAUGACCAUCGAGAGCCCAGAUGGAGAUAUAAUAGAUUGUGUUCAUAAAAGAAAACAACCAGCUUUGGAUCAUCCGCUUUUGAAAAAUCACAAGAUUCAGAGAGUAGGACCAGAAAUGCCAAAAGCACUGAAAGUAAGAAAAGAAAGGUCAGAGAAAAGAAGCAACGAAGGUUUGAAGGGUGCAUGGCAAAUGUGGCAUAGAAACGGGACAAGGUGUCCCAAGGGAACUGUUCCCAUACGACGCACCACACUGGAAGAUGUGUUGAGAUCCAAGUCUUUGUUUGACUUUGGGAAAAAACAACGUAAGACUCCUAAUGAUCUCACAGCUAGACGUACUGAUGCCCCGGAUGUAGUCAGCGGUAAUGGCCAUGAGCAUGCGAUCGCCUACACCGGAACAUCUCAAGAGGUGUACGGCGCCAAGGCCACGAUAAACGUGUGGGACCCAUCAAUACAAGUGGUCAACGAGUUCAGUCUGUCUCAGAUUUGGAUCCUCUCGGGAUCAUUCGACGGCUCAGAUCUCAACAGCAUAGAAGCUGGGUGGCAGGUCAGUCCGGAGCUCUAUGGUGAUAGCAGACCCAGAUUGUUCACUUACUGGACAAGUGAUUCAUAUCAAGCUACAGGAUGUUACAACCUUCUUUGUUCGGGCUUUGUGCAAACCAACGGCAAGAUUGCCAUUGGAGCUGCCAUUUCACCUGUUUCAACCUACAAAGGCAGCCAGUUUGAUAUAACCAUUCUUAUUUGGAAGGAUCCAAAACUUGGAAAUUGGUGGAUGGGAUUUGGAGGCAAUACACUGGUAGGGUACUGGCCAGCAGAACUAUUCACACACUUGGCAGACCAUGCUACUAUGGUGGAAUGGGGUGGAGAGGUUGUGAAUUCGCGUGCCAAUGGUGAGCACACCUCGACACAGAUGGGCUCCGGUCAUUUUGCUGAAGAUGGUUUUGGGAAAGCAAGUUAUUUUCGGAACCUCGAGAUUGUUGAUUCCGAUAACAGUUUGAGUUCAGUGAGUGAAGUAUCAACUUUAGCUGAGAACACAAAUUGCUACAAUAUUCAAAGUGCUUACAACAAUGAAUGGGGAACUUAUUUCUACUACGGGGGACCUGGGAAUAAUCCACGGUGCUCUUGAAUUAACCAA